AGAAGAAAUGGAAUAUCCGUCUUGAUCCCAAAGCCUUCUUCCUUCCCUCGUCAUCUCUUCCCUAUAAAGCCGCAGUUUGAACUAUCUCAGGUUCUUUCUGUUCAUCUUCAUCCUUUUCUUCAUCAGCUGUAAUGAAAUUUGUAGAGCAGAGCUUGAAGCAACAGUCGGGACAGAUAUGCAAGACUAUUGAGGUCGAUGUAACUGAUCACCAUCGCAGUGCAUCGUCGAUGGUCGAAUUGGAAGCUUCUGAAGAUUGCGAGAGGGAUGGACCGGAUGGUGAUGGCCUCUAUAUUCCUCCCCUCAACUUUUCCAUGGUUGAUAAUGGAAUUUUCCGCUCCGGCUUCCCUAAUUCUGCUAACUUCUCCUUUCUCCAAACCCUAGGCCUCCGUUCCAUUAUAUGUCUAUGUCCGGAACCGUAUCCGGAACACAACAUGGAGUUUCUCAAGUAUAACGGAAUCAGAUUGUAUCAAUUUGGAAUCGAGAGCUAUAAGGAGCCUUUUGUGAAUAUCCCAGAUGAUAUGAUUCGUGAAGCACUGAAAGUUGUCCUUGACGAUAGAAAUCAUCCAAUCCUCAUACAUUGCAAGAGAGGAAAGCAUCGAACAGGUUGCCUUGUCGGAUGCCUGAGAAAAUUGCAGAGGUGGUGCCUCACUUCUGUGUUUGAUGAGUACCAGAGGUUUGCAGCUGCAAAAGCAAGAAUUUCAGACCAGAGGUUUAUGGAAUUGUUCGAUAUCUCCGACUUGAGGCAUCUUCCCAUGUCAUUCUCAUGCUCAAAGAGUCUGUUUGUUUUUGUAAAGAUUUCUUUGGUGGUUCGGGUGGCAUUCAUUAGACGACUAGGGAAGCAGCAGAAAACAUUCACACACCUCAAAGUCAUAGUGAGGUUAAUCUAAUAGUUGAGCUGUAUGAUCUAUCUCUGGUUCUUGCCAAGACGAAGAAGAAGCUGGAAGUGUUAGUGGAAAAAGAUCGACGACCACUUAACCAAAGGUACACUUUAUAUAUAUACCCAUCAACCAAUAGUUCAUAAUACUCAUCUUAAUUUCUCAUGGACUCUUAUUGGAUCCAUUCAUUGCACUGGGAACCGUGUUCUUCAUAUGAAAUGAUUAUUAUGAACAUUAUGAAUUUCAGUUAAAUCUUGAUGAAUGAUUGGAGAGGCCUCUCUCAAGUGGAUAGUGGCUUAGCUUAGGGCCAAUGAGUAGGAAUUCCAUUAACCAUAUUGACUGUGUUCAUUUUUAGGUUUGAUGCCAAUGAUCACGGGCAAUCAUUGCAUAGUUGGUAGUGUUGAUGAGUUGUAUUCUACCUUUGCCAAUUUAUAAUGAUUACUUACUUCUGCUUGUUUACCUUUGCAA